AUGCUAGGGCCCACCCUUCAAAACGACAAGGCCUCGGCCCGGGGCCAAGCGUCGCCCCGUUCUUCGGGAGCCCCUCCUGGCCUGGACAAGGCUGGCGAACUGGAGCUGAGAGAAGGGGGAGAAGGGCGGGCCGGGGGCGGGGCAGCUUGGGCCGCGGUGCACGCCGGGAGGAGAGCCAGAGGGCAGCGGAAGUGCCUCUCGGGGAAGGCUGACUUCCGGCGGCGCGCGUGCGCGUACGCGAUGGCGGCGCUCGGUCGGCAGGUCUCUGGUUGGUGCCGCCGACUUCCCUUUCACCCGGCCUGUAUUGCUAGGCUUGCUCCUCUUGGAGAACAAAAAAGGACUGUUGCUGCUGCUACCUUUCGUAAACUGACCACCUCCCCCAGUGGAGGGAGACUGGAGUUUCCUUGUGCUGAACCCACAAUGCCUGCUCGGGAGCCAGAGCGAAGGGUGAAAGUCAGUCUUGAGCACCAUCUUGAAAAGCUCAGGGCCUCUGUGGGCUCUGAGUCCAUGGAGCUGGAGAGGUUCACCCAGGCCCUCCAGGACAUGGGUUUCAGUGAGGGCCACAUAAGGGACCUGCUCAGUAUUGGACCAGGUGUCCAACUUCAGAAGUUGCUGGAUGUCAUUUCAGAAUUAGUUCUUUUGGGCGUGAAUCCGGAUCCUGUGUGUGAAGCCUUGAAGUCAAGUUCUCAGUUGCUGAAGCUGCCCGUCACGAGCAUGAGGAAGCGCUGUAGUCAGCUGCGCAGGCUGGGGUUGGGAGAAGGAAAAAUGAAGAGGGUGCUCCACUGCUGCCCCGACAUCUUCACCAUGCCUUCGCAAGACCUUGAGACCAUCUUGGAGGUGCUCAGGGAGAGGUGCCUUUUCACUGGGCAGCAGGUGACCGAGAUCCUGCACAGGUGCCCCUAUGUACUGCAAGAGGACCCCGAUGAUCUGGAGUACAAGUUCCAGUAUGCCUACUUUAGGAUGGGGGUGUCUCACUUGGAUAUAGUGAGGUCUGACUUCCUGCAGUACUCCAUUACCAAGAUCAAGCAGAGACACAUGUUCCUCGAACGCCUAGGACGCUACCAGACCCCCGAUAAGAAGGGACAGACACAGAUUUCCAACCCUUUAAUCAGGAACAUUCUCAGAGUUUCCGAAGCAGAAUUUCUGUCCAGGACAGCCUGUUCUUCAGCUGAGGAGUUCAGUGUGUUUAAGAAGCUCUUGGCUCAGGAGGAGGAGGAGGAGUCUGAGAGUUGCAUAUCCAAGGACAGAAGUGACCAUUUGGAGGAGGAGGAAGAAGAACAGGAAGAGGAAGAGGGACAGUGAUGGAAGAGCUGGAAUGAAGAGAGCCUGGAGCUAUCAAAGAAUACUUUUAUUUCCUCACAGUUCUAGGGAACUUUUUUUGGAUCUCUUCAGGUUAGUUUUCAUUCUGAAACUGGUAUUUUGGUGAACAGAUAAUGACAGAUUGGUGGGAAGCAGU